GCGCCGGCGGUGGGCGGGGCUUCAUCUACAAGCGCCGGAGCUCCGCACGGACUUCAUUCACAAAAAAACUGAACUUUGUGUUUUCAGCGCACAAUAAGUUAUAAUGGCCACACGCUGGGGGAUCUGCAGUGCGGGCAAAAUCAGUCAUGACUUCACGGUGGCCCUGCGCACCUUGGCUCCACAGGACCACGAGAUUGUGGCUGUUGCGGCCAGGAACCUGGAGCACGCUCAGGAAUUUGCUAAAAAGCACAACAUCCCUCGAGCCUAUGGAAGUUAUGAGGAGCUGGCCAAAGACGCAGAUAUUGAUGUGGUGUACGUCGGCACCAUCCAUCCACACCACCUGAGCAGCGGCACGCUCUUCAUGAGAUCCAGGAAGAGCGUGUUGGUUGAGAAGCCGCUGGCCAUGAAUGCAAGGGAGGUGAGGGCGCUCAUCACGGCGGCCCGGGACAACAACGUCUUCCUCAUGGAGGCGAUCUGGACACGUUUCUUCCCCGUGUCCCUGGAAGUGAGACGGCUCCUGGCCCAGGGGGACGUCGGUGAAGUUCAGAUGGUGAGGGCCGACCUGGGAGCGCCGCUCACCCAUGUCCCCCGACUGGCGGAGAAGAACCUGGGCGGGGGAGCCUUGCUGGACUUGGGCAUCUACUGUCUGCAGUUUGUCUUUAUGGUCUACAACGGCGAGAGGCCUGAGUCCAUCCAAGCCACGGGACAUUGCCUCGACACAGGGGUCGAUGGGACCGCGGUUCUGGUCCUGAAGUUUUCUGGGAACAGAAUGGCCGUGUGCACCUGCUCCAUGACCAUGAUGCUGACCUGUGAUGCUGUUAUCUCUGGGACCAAGGGCACCAUCAAGGUACCCCACCACAUGUGGUGCCCCACCACCUUGGAGGUGAACGGGAAGGAGAGGCAGUUCCCGCUCCCGGAGCCUGGCAUGCCGCUCAACUUCACCAACAGCACGGGCCUGCGAUACGAAGCCGAGGAGGUGCGCCGCUGUCUGCUCCAAGGACUGAAGGAGAGUCCAGGGAUGCCGUGGAGUGACUCCAGCCUGCUGGCGGAGGUUAUGGACGAGGCCCGGAGGCAGCUGGGGGUGACAUACGACCAGGACGGCGUCCAGUGACGGACAGCCGCGCUCCUCCAAGCGUGUUCUCAGUCACAGAUGUCAGGAGAGCUCUCCGGUCCCUCACGCACUCGCAGAGCUACAAUUCAUAAUCUGUCUCCUAUCUUGGAUGAUGCAUGGGUUAAUGGUGGGCAUUUUGGUGAAGCUGGAAUCACACUACACUCUGUUCUGCAGCCUCUGAAUCCUGAAUGAUCGCCGUAUGUGUUCAGCCUAACAGGAUUUGACAACGACACCCAGGCUGGAGGGCAGAUUUUGACGCGUAUUAUCAAGAUGUCUCUGUCUUUCCUGUAAAUUUUAGGGGCUUCGCUUCAAACCCCUUUUCUCUGACAGCAGUGAUUUUGAAUCUCUCUAACAAGCGAACAUCUAUCUCAUUCUGGAGUGAGGAUUCUGCCUUGUAAAAGAAAAAAAAAGAAAAGAUGCCAUUGUAAUUGUGCAGUCUGGGUCUUAUGCAUCAAUUAUGCAUGUUGGCCUGUGAUGCGAUGUCACCAUUUUCCAAAUUCUCUGAUUUUAAACUGCACUGUCAAAUGUGUUCAAUUUACAGUUUGUUGGAUUAAAAAACUCUAGUAGCAA